AUGUUUGACAUGAAUUGCUUAUGGAUCAUAACUGAAAUUCUUGAUGAUGAAUCUGAUGAAGAAAUCUAUGUAAAAAAGAGAACCAGUGAUAGAAAAUAUGUUGAAGGAGUGACUAAGAUUAAAGAAGCAAAAAGGAAGAGGAAUAGUGGGGACAAUCGUGCAGACAUAAAGAAACAAAAAACCGUGAAAGAGAAAAAGAUUGUGAAAGAUAUAUUGAAGGAGUUGCCUUCAAUAAACACUAGAUCGACACCUGGAUUGAUGACAGAUGUUGUAAUUUCUUUGACAUCAGAACAAAAAGAUUGGGUGAAACGGAUGGGAUUUAAAGCAUUUUUGAAGAUCAACAUUAAGAGUAUUCACUUAAAACUUUACCAUUUUGUGCUUAAGCAUUAUGAUGAACGAAAAAACAGUAUUCUGAGUAAAGGAAAAAGAACAAAGAUCACAAACGAAAAAAUUCAUAAAGUGUUUGGUUUACCCAAAACUGGAAAAAGCUUAUUUGACUUGGACAAGGUUAGUGAAGAUCAUCAAGUGUUUGAUGGAUGGAUGAAGGAACUUGAAGACGGAAAGGCAAAUGCAAUAAACUACAAGAAGAUUAUUCAAAAAUCCGAACAAGUGGAUAUGAAUUUCAAGUUCGGUUUCAUAGCUUUAUUUGUUAAUACGUUUGCAGAAUCCAUUCCUAUGGGGACAAACAACUUAGUUCCAGUUAGAGCACUUGUUGAAGUAGAUGACAUUUCUAAAAUCGAUUGGUGUGUAUUUGUUGUGUUGUGUGAAAAAUUGAAAAGGGAGAUGGCAUCCAGACAACCCCAACUAAUUUACUGUGAUGAAAUUGAAUGCAAGCUCCAAAAAAUAGAACAUAAAACACCAUUAGUUACGAUGUGGACAACAGAUAAGUUGAAGGAAAGACAAUCUUUUGAGAUUGAAGCUGGUGGAUUUGGGGUUGGGAAUCUAAUUGAACAAAGUUCAAAUUUAGAGCGUGAGAAGAAUGAAAAUCAGGUGAAUGAGAAUCAGGACACACAUAGAGAUGAAGAGCUUAAUAAAACAAACAUUUCAGAGUCUGAUGAUGAUAAAGAUGAAAGAAUGAAUACAAAGUUGGUUGCGUUUUCAGCUGUUAAACCAUUACAACAAAAGUUUCCAGAGAAUAAAGAAACACAAGAAGAAGAUCAAGAUAUGAAUGUUGAUGACCGAAUCAAUUUGGGUUUUGAGAAUAAUAUUGGCGAGGAAACGAUUAGACAUCCGCAUAAUCCAGAAAUACAAAUAGAAUUUGAAGGCAUAAAUGUUGAUGACAAAAUAAAUUUGGCUUUAGAGGUGAAUAAUAUAGACGAGACUAUUGGAAAGAAGAAUUUAGAAGACAAUGUUGAGAGAAAAAAUCUUGUUGAGGGUGGUGAAAUGAUUGGUGGGGAGAAUAUUAGGGAAGGGAAUAUUGUAGAGAAGGUGGUUGGAGACAACUUAGGUGAAAGCUUAAUUGUUACACCAAAAUGA